AAGCUACAGAAAGUGAGAUGGUGAAUACUGGAAUAAUUAUAAUAAUAAUUUUUCCAACAACAAAUUAAAAUUUUAAAAACGCGACAUUUCCAGCCUAGGUCUCUUCCCUGAAAGACUGAUAAUCUAUUUUAAUAAUUUUUCGAUAAAAACGCGUGUGAACUUGGGACACAUUUUGGACAUUUGCUUCUAUCCCUUGGAGUAAAAUCGGAUUUAACGGUUUAAUUUAACGGUUGCUGUCAUAGCGACAGGACCCAUCGCGCGCGGCUCACACGCUGCCAGGGAGGAGGGCACGCGCCGGGCAUGUUUUCGCGGGUAUGGGUGGUUAGCUAGUUCACUACUGCCACCUCUCCCGUUUACAAUCUCCAAACUUACAAACAACAUGAAGAGGAAACCAGACACCCGCUGAGGGCAGGCAGGAAAAUUGCCAUUCAUUCAUUUUCCAGCUUCAGGGAGUUUUUCUCUCACGACUCAGCAUGGUCCCAAAGUCACAAAGGCCACUCAGGACUGACGUGGACUAAAUGAUUACAGGGAAUUCGACCGUGACCAACAAAAACAGCGAUAAAUUAUUCAGCUGUGGUGGAAGUGGACUACCUGCUGGGGAGAGGAUGGCCUUUUGGAAGGAGGGCUCUGCUCUCCUGCUGGUUCUGCUGGCCUUGCUCGACCUACAGCCGAUCACCGGGCGAUCAUCUCGACAACGCAGCUUGAGACGCCAAACUCGAGGGCACCAUGAACACCGGGCCCAACAGAACAUCACGCUGGCCGUCAUUUUACCACAGAACAACACAGAUUACCCUUGGGCUUGGCCUCGCAUUGGUCCCGCCCUGCAGCGGGCGAUCAAGACCGUAAACGCGGACCCCACUCUGCUACCUGACCACCACCUCACCUACGCUUUCAAGAACAGUGAAGACAAGAACGGCAUCUGCUCCGAGUCCAUCGCCCCGCUCAUGGCUGUGGACCUUAAACUUGAGCAUGACCCGUGGGCUUUCAUCGGCCCUGGCUGCUCCUACACCUCCUCGCCUGUUGGCCUCUUCACCACCCACUGGGAUGUUCCCAUGGUCACGGCUGGGGCCCCGGCCGUGGCCUUUUACGGCGGCGUCUACCCGUCCAUCACCAACACAGGCCCGACCCACAAGAAGCUUGGGAAGUUUGCCCUGCGGAUCUGUGAGCACUUUGGGUGGCGGGAGCAUGUGAUGCUCAUGUUCAACGACAACAAGGUGGAUGAUCGGCCGUGUUACUUUGCUGUGGAGGGUUUGUUCACGGAGCUGAAGAGCAUCAACAUCACCCUCGUCGACAGAGUGUUUGAAGAGAACAAGCCUCCGGUCAACUACUCUCAAAUCCUCACAGACAUUAAAAACGACGGUCGCGUGAUGUUUGUCUGUUGCUCACCCGACGUCUUCAGGAAGUUGAUGGUUCAGUUUCGAAAGACAGAUCUUCCUCACGAGCAGUACGUCUUCUUCUACAUCGACGUGUUCGGAGACAGUUUGAAAUCCAAUCACAGACAGCCGUGGGCCCGUGGGGACGAGGACGAUGCCAUCGCCAAGGAGGCCUUCCAGAGUGUGAAGAUCCUGACGUACCGAGAGCCUCAGAACCACGAGUACAGAGAGUUUGUCAGCAAUCUGAAGACGGACGCCUUGGAAAUGUUCAACUACACCGUAGAGGACUCACUGAUGAACAUCAUAGCAGGAGGAUUUUACGACGGGUUGAUGCUCUACACUCACGCUCUGAAUGAGACCAUGUCGAUGUCCGGCGGUCGGCCUCCGGGCAAAGUCGUCACCAAGAGGAUGUGGAAUCGAACCUUCCACGGUGUAACAGGACUGGUCCACCUGGACGAGAAUGGAGACAGAGAGACGGACUUCGCUCUGUGGGACAUGAUCGACACCAACACCAGCGCCUUCCAGAUAGUUUUGGUGUACAACAGUUCAGAGGAGCAGCUGACUGCCAUACCUGGAACAUCCCUACACUGGCCGGGUGGAGUAUGUCCUCUUGAUGUUCCAUUCUGUGGCCUCAAGAAUGAUAACCCCCUCUGCCUCGCAAAGACGAUCACCAUCCACCAGAUGGUUUCCAUCGUGAUCGUCUUCAUCUUCACGAUGACCCUCACCGUCACCAUCUUCAUCUACAGGAGGAUGAAGCUGGAGAAGGAGCUGGUGGCUCAGCUCUGGAGGAUUUCCUGGGACGACAUCCAGAUGAGCAACCUGGACAAAGUGCUGCGUAGCGGCAGCAGGAUCACGCUGUCACUGAGAGGCUCUAACUACGGCUCCCUGAUGAAUGGAGAUGGAAACCUGCAGGUUUUUGCAAAGACUGGAUACUACAAGGGAAACAUCGUGGCCAUGAAAUACACCAACAGGAAACGCAUCGAGCUGGACAGGAUGGUCCUGUUUGAACUCAAACACAUGCGAGACGUUCAGAACGAACAUCUGACCAGGUUCAUUGGAGCGUGCAUCGACCCUCCCAACACCUGUAUCGUCACAGAGUACUGUCCCAGAGGAAGUCUGCAGGACAUCUUGGAGAACGACAGCAUCACUCUGGACUGGAUGUUUAAAUAUUCUCUCAUCAAUGACAUCGUUAAGGGCAUGGUGUUCCUCCACAACAGUGUCAUCGUCUCUCACGGUAAACUCAAGUCGUCCAACUGUGUCGUCGACAACCGCUUUGUCCUGAAGAUCACAGACUACGGUUUGUCCAGCUUUCGGUCCUACAGCGACUCAGGAAAAGACGCUCAUGCCUACUAUGCCCAGAGGUUGUGGAUGGCUCCAGAGCUGCUCCGGAUGGAGUCUCCUCCUCCUCACGGAACUCAGAAAGGAGAUGUCUACAGCUUCGGCAUCAUCCUCCAGGAGGUGGCGCUGCGCAGAGGAGCCUUUUACCUGGAGGGAGACCCACUCAGCCCUAAAGAGAUCGUGGACCGGGUGGUUCUGGGCGAGUGGCCCUGCCUGAGACCGACCAUCGACCCGCAGAGUCACAGUCCUGAGCUGGGUCAGCUGAUGCAGCGCUGCUGGGCCGAGGAGCCGACAGAGAGACCAGAGUUCAACCACAUCCGCCUGCUGCUGCGCAAACAGAACAAGGAGUCGAGGACCAACAUCCUGGACAACCUGCUGUCCCGUAUGGAGCAGUACGCCAACAACCUGGAGGAGCUGGUGGAGGAACGAACACAAGCUUAUCAUGAGGAGAAGCGCAAGGCCGAAGCUCUGCUGUACCAGAUACUACCACACUCAGUGGCGGAGCAGUUGAAGCGCGGUGAGACGGUUCAGGCCGAGGCCUUCGACUCCGUCACCAUCUACUUCAGUGACAUCGUGGGUUUCACGGCCAUCUCUGCAGAGAGCACACCGAUGGAGGUGGUGACUCUGCUGAAUGACCUCUACACCUGUUUCGAUGCCAUCAUCGACAAUUUUGAUGUUUACAAGGUGGAGACCAUCGGCGACGCCUACAUGGUGGUGUCCGGGUUGCCAGUGAGGAACGGAAAGCUGCACGGCAGAGAGAUAACACGCAUGGCCCUCGCCCUGCUGGACGCUGUCCGAACCUUCAAGAUCCGCCACCGACCAGAGCAACAGCUGAAACUGAGGAUUGGAAUACACAGCGGUCCAGUGUGUGCAGGAGUGGUGGGUCUGAAGAUGCCUCGUUACUGUCUGUUCGGGGACACGGUCAACACGUCGUCUCGUAUGGAGUCCACCGGAGAAGCGCUGAAGAUCCACGUGUCGGCUGCGACUCGUGACGUCCUGAUGGAGUUCAACUGCUUCCAGCUGGAGCUGAGAGGAGAAAUCGACAUCAAGGGCAAAGGGAAGAUGACCACCUAUUGGCUACUGGGGGAGAGUGACAGCCAAUGACAAAACACAGCCGUCAACAGUGGACAGAGAGGGGAGGAGGGGGGAUGAGAAGGAAAUGAGGGAACAGAAGAGAAAAGGAAAGAGGGAAGUAGAGAAGAAAAUAAGGGAGCAAAUUAAGGACGAGACGGGAAGAGGAAAAGUUCAGGGAUAUGAAGAGAUGUCACCGUAGACGUCUCAGGUCGUCGUCUCCUCCUCCUGUUUUUUUAUUUUGAACAAAGGCCUCGAAGGUUUCAGACUUCACAACACAGAGAGAGUACUGGAACAUUCACCUCACACAUGAAGGAUCAAACUGCUGAAUUAAAAAGGAGGAACGAGGACGAGUGAGAAAGAAAAACAAAGAGGAGGAGGAACAGAGUGACGGGUGGAGGCCUUGAUGUUGAUGGAGAAAUACCUGCACAGAAACCUGCAGAGGCGGGAAUCAAACUGGACAAAUGAAGGGCUGGUGAACAUAAUGUAAAUGAAACCAAACCAAAAUAUUAACAGACUCUUUAGAUUCUGUGAUCCAGAUCCUGUCUUUAAAAUGUUGCACCGCUGCCACUUUCAGUUUUACAAAGAACAUCUACAUUUGUGUUAGUUUAGAGUUGUUUUCAAGUCCCUGUCUCAGGUUGUUCUUCACUGCUGCACGUAAAAGGUGUCUUCAACCAGCCCAGAAUCAGGUGUGAUUUAGCCCCUGGGUGGGGAGUGGGGGGUUCCGACUUCAAGGAUUAAAACUAACUUGGCAAAUGUAAAGUUUUACAACACCCCCAUUGUUUGUAUGUAAAUAUAAGUAGUUCAAGUUCAGUGAAAAACCCUAAAGUAGGGCCGGGCAAUAUGGCCAAAAAUGUUAGUUAGUAAAUCUUUUCAGUCCCUUUUCCUCAAAUUAAUUUUAAUAGAAAAAUUAAGUGCUAAUUUGUUUGUGAUUCAAAUGAAUUAAACCAAAUAUUUACUGACAAUAUAGUGAACAUUUAUAUAGUUGAGGAAAUUUAUAUUGCCAUAAUUAUCAUCGUUUUAUUGCUCAGCCCUAACUGAAAGCUUCAGUGUGUACGUUUUAGUGGCAUCUAAACGUACACACUAAAACUCCAUUUAAUUGUUCAUUUUAGAUCUGAAUGUUGUUUUUAACUUUGGCAGUUUGCUGCUUACUUUUGUCCCAUUUAAGCUUUUUCACUGGACUUAAACUACUUAGAUUUACAUACAAACUAGAGCUAUAGGGUGUUCUGCCCAGCUGCUUCCUGAGCUUUCAGUGGAAGAGACAGUCCUGAACAGAGCUCGUUGUUUAGGCUGUGUCCGAAAAUCGCCAUUUUGUAGUGCUGUCCGAAUGCAUAGUUAUAAUUAUUAUACCAGAUACCAGUGGUUCUCAAACCUUUUCACGUCACGGACCCCUAAUUGGAGACAAAUUAGACCAUGGAUCCCUGUUUGAGAAGAAGAUUUUGUCCCAGGGUUCUUAAUCCCUGUCUGUUAAGAUUUUUGCUUUUAGAUGAUUUAUUUAUUAGAGUAAUAAAUCCUUUGUCAUUGUGGGACAGAAUUAUGAGAAAAUAAUAGUUUCCCCUUUUUGCUGGGGGUCCCUGGAUCCCACUUUGAGAACCACUGGCCUAUAUAGUAUCAACAAGUGUACAUCCGAUGGUGAAUAACCAACCCACAAUCAUGCAUUGCGCUGAUAAUUAUAAAUAAUUAUCCACCAGCCAACGUUCAUAUCUGGUUUUAGUUAUACCGGAGCAGAGAGAAUUGAUUUUCAGACACAGCCCUUAGUGUAAAUCAGGUGAGCUGUGGCUCAUUUAAAAUUUGUAGUGUUAGUAAACACACUAAAUUAAAACACAUGAUGGCUAGCUUUGCAAAAAAACCUAAACAAAACAAAAAACCCCCUUAAAGUUUGGGUGCAGCUCCUCAUUAGCUCUUUUGGAAAUAAAAGUUCUCUGUACAUAUACAAAACAUUCCUUUCUGUUUUUAAAUGAAAGUUUAUUACCUGAUGGUUUGUUUUUGAAAUUCAAUUAGGAAAAAGUCACAUAAGCUCCAUUCUGUUUUAACCUCUCUGUACAGCGAAAUUACUUCUUGUUUAAGUUCAGCCAGGAGUUAAAACUGUGGGAGGAUCAAACCUGUGACGUCCCAGCACUCCUCUCUGCUUGGACGCUUUCCUGACCUCUUUACAGCCAGUGGAUUUCAGAUGUACAACAGAAUAUUUUCUCGUCAAUUACACAGAUUCAGGAACUGAAAAAGUCUCAAAAAAUGUUAACGUGGUUUAACUUAUGAACACAUAUUUUUAUAUAGUGCCAUUACACAUGUAUUACAAGUGGAGUUUAAAAGUUUUAGAAUAUACAUCUAAUUUUUGGGAAAUUAUCAUUAAAGCUCAUCAUUGUGCAUCUCUUAAGAGAUUCCAGUCAUCACAGGUCAACUCAUCAAUAACCUGCUGUCAUUUAUUGUUUCGUUUUGUCAAUCAUUUCUGUAAGAUAAAUUUGAACUAUAUUGUUUUCCCUCGAUGUUGCACUUCCCCUCUGGUGACAUUUUGCAUUCCUGCAUGAGGCUAAAAGGUUAGUUCAAGUGGGGAUUCAGAAAAGUGAAAGUGAGCCAUUUGUUGUUUUGUUUUUAAACUUGGGAUCAAACCUGCGGUGUUUGUUUGUACUGACCUGUAGUGGCCUGAAUAAAGUGCUGUGCAGAGCCAGUUGUUCUGGGUUGCAGUUUGUAAAAAAAAUAAAUAAAUAAAAUUC